AUAGUCUGACUGAAGAUAAAAAUUUUCACAUUAAUUGUUAAUUAGACUUGUUCUAUUAUUCCUUUUAUAUAAUUCAGACAAUUUGUCAUAUUUUAUUUGAUCAUGACUACUGUCCUAAUGAGAUCAAAGGUAAUAAACCUUAAAAGAGGUUUUUCAACUAGUUCAUAUGUUCAAUAUCAAAAUCUUACUGAAAAGAUUGUACAAAGGUAUGCAGUAGGUACUUCAAAGGAAGUUCAUAGUGGAGAUUAUGUCACUAUUAAGCCUCAAUAUUGUAUGUCUCAUGAUAAUACUUGGCCUAUUGCAACUAAAUUCUUAAAUUUAGGAGCAACUAAAGUUAAAGAUAAUAAACAAAUUGUAUUUACCUUAGAUCAUGAUGUUCAAAAUAAAACUGAUAAAAAUUUAACAAAAUAUAAAAAUAUUGAAGAAUUUAGUAAGAAAUUUGGAAUCGAUUUUUACCCUGCUGGUAGAGGUAUUGGUCAUCAAAUUAUGAUUGAAGAAGGUUAUGCAUUUCCAUUAAAUUUAACUGUUGCAUCUGAUUCUCAUUCAAAUACUUAUGGUGGAAUUGGAUCUUUAGGAACUCCUAUUGUUAGAACUGAUGCAGCAUCAAUAUGGUCAACUGGUCAAACUUGGUGGCAAAUUCCUCCGGUUGCUAGAGUAGAAUUAGUAGGUCAAUUACCUAAAGGUACAACUGGUAAAGAUAUUAUUAUUGCCCUUUGUGGUAUAUUUAAUAAAGAUGAAGUAUUAAAUCAUGCAAUUGAAUUUACUGGUGAAAGUAUUGAAAGUUUACCAAUUGAUUAUAGAUUAACUAUUGCUAAUAUGACUACUGAAUGGGGUGCACUUUCUGGUUUAUUCCCAAUCGAUGAUACUUUAAUAAAUUGGUAUGAACAAAGAUUAGCUAAAGUUGGACCAAAUCAUCCUAGAAUUAAUAAUGAAUCAUUAGCUUAUAUUAAAAAUAAUAAAGUCGCUGCUGAUGAACAAUCUAAAUAUGCUAAAAAAUUAACUAUUGAUUUAUCUUCAUUAUCUACUGCUUAUAUUUCAGGUCCUAAUUCCGUUAAAAUUUCAACUCCAUUAUCUGAAUUAUCUGCUCAAGACAUCAAGAUCGAUAAGGCUUAUUUGGUGUCCUGUACAAACUCUCGUCUUAGUGAUAUUGAAGCUGCUGCUUCUGUAUUAAAGGGUAAACAAGUGGCUCCUGGAGUUGAAUUCUAUGUUGCUGCUGCAUCAUCUCAAGUUCAAAAGGAAGCUGAAGCUUCAGGUGCUUGGAAGACUAUCUUGGAUGCUGGUGCUAAACCAUUACCUUCAGGUUGUGGUCCAUGUAUUGGUUUAGGUACUGGAUUAUUAAAAGAUGGAGAAGUUGGUAUUUCUGCCACCAAUAGAAACUUUAAAGGUAGAAUGGGUUCAAAAGAUGCUCUUGCAUAUUUAGCAUCUCCUGAAGUUGUUGCUGCUUCUGCUGUUUUGGGAAAAAUUGGUGGUGUUGAAGAAUUAACUGGUGGUAAAGUUCCUGAAGCAGUUGAUCCUGUAGUUGAAACUAUAAUUCCUGAAAAUGAAAAUGUUGAUAGUGCUGAUUCAUCCUCUAAAGUUGAAAUCAUUGAUGGAUUCCCAAGUCAAAUUCAAGGUGAAUUACUUCUCUGUAAUGCAGACAAUAUCAAUACUGAUGGUAUAUAUCCAGGUAAAUAUACUUAUCAAGAUGAUGUCCCACCAGAAAAGAUGGCUGAAGUGUGUAUGGAGAAUUAUGAUCCUGAAUUUAGACAUAUAGCUACUGGAUCUGAUAUUAUUGUUAGUGGAUAUAAUUUUGGAACUGGGUCAUCUCGUGAACAAGCUGCUACUGCAAUUUUAGCUAAAGGUAUGAAAUUAGUUGUAGCUGGUUCAUUUGGUAAUAUCUUUUUUAGAAACUCUACCAACAAUGCCUUAUUGACAUUAGAAAUUCCACCUUUAAUUAAUAAAUUAAGAGAAAUAUAUCAAGAUUCAAAAGAAUUAACUAUAAGAACUGGUUGGUUACUCAAUUGGGAUAUUCCUUCAGCUUUAGUUACUGUUAAAGAUAAGGCAACUGGUGAACUUAUCUUACAACAUAAAGUUGGUGAACUCGGAACCAACCUUCAAGAAAUUAUAGUUCAAGGCGGAUUAGAAGGUUGGGUCAAAAACGAAAUCCAAAAAGAAUAGAUAAUUCAUAGUAUUUAUAUUGUACGCAUUUAAUUGUAUUUAUUUAAUAAACACGUCAUUUAAUUUUUCAUUAUCUUUAUUGACAUUGAUUAUGAUAAAAUUAUUUACCAUUCAUU